GACGCUUGGGUAGCUGCAUGUACCUAAUCUUGCAAUCAGACGACGACGCAUCGCGGUUCAACCGAUACGCAUCGUUAGGUUUUCGGCCGAAAAAUGCGCUCAAUUCGAUCGAGGCAGGUACCUAGGUAAAGCUAAGAGCAGAGGAGAAAUGUAUCAAUUUCACGCAUCUCAAUGAAGAUGUUGGAGGUAUAAAGCCGUUCGAUGCACCGGAGAGGAGUAUCAUUCGUUUGUGAUCACUUGCCUAAAUCACACCUAGGAAAGGUCAUCAUGAAGGCGUUUGCUAUCGUUAUUGUUGCGUCUUUCGCACUGUCGACCGUGUCAGCAGGAGUCGUUCGAACGGAAAAACGUAGCAUUGGCGAGCAUGGGGCACAACUUGCAUCAUACAACAAUCAUGUUCUUCAGCAGCAGCAGUUUGAUUAUCAGAAGAACCAACCCAAUCAGGAGAAAUGGUCCCAACCGGAUGACCAAUUGAACAAAGCGGAAGAAUACUACCAACAAGUUCAGCAACAGCAACUGCAGUGGGAAUCUCAAAAGGAACGCUCUCCAAUGCAUCAUGGAAUCGAUAAUCAUCUUUACAAGCAUGCUGAACAUCAGCACCAGUAUCAGAACCAAGCUGCUCAACCCGUUCAGUAUCAUUAUGCUCAGCAGCAAAAUAAUCAUCAGCAGCAAUACCUACACCGGCCUCAAUACCAACAGCAAGAGCAGUACCAGCACUACGAGCAACACCAUGAACAGGAUCAAACCCACUAUCACCAGCAACCACAAAACCACUACCAGCACUAUGACCAUCAGCACCAACAAGACCAGGAGCAGCAUCAGCAUGGAUGGGAACAACAGAAGCAAGUCGUCAGCGUUAGUUCCGUCACCCAGCAUGUGCCCUAUCCGGUUCACGUUCAGAAGAACGUCGCCGUUCCUGUCAACGUUGCCUAUCCGGUGCCCGUGGAGAAGUCCGUCCCCGUAGUGGUGGAGAAAAAAGUUCCCGUUUACGUAGAAAAGCAAAUCCCUUACCGAGUUGAGCGUCCGGUGCCUUAUCCAAUCAAGGUACCCGUCCAAAGCCUUCACAAGGACAUCCACGUGGUUCAUGUUCCCAAGCCAAUCGCAGUUCAUGUCGAUAAGCCUUAUCCAGUGUAUGUGGAUCAUCCAGUCUACGUGGAGAAGCCAGUGCCCCUUCAGGUGGUCAUCAUGGAGCACAAGAAAAAGUCCUUCUGGGGAUAAAUCGUCCUAGAUAUUACCUGUUUAUAUACGAUUAGUGUUGUUGAUAGGUUUGUAGUUAGACGAAAAUUGAAUAAGUAGGAAAUGUUAAUAAAUUAUUUAUUGAUGUUGAAGUCCUGAA